GGGGGAAAGUGUCCGGACUGGAAGGGGGGGAAAGUGUCCGGACUGGAAGCGGGGAAAGUGUCCGGACUGGAAGGGGGUGAAAGUGUCCGGACUGGAAGUGGGGGAAAGUGUCCGACCGGACUGGAAGGGGGGGAAAGUGUCCGGACUGGAAGGGGGGGAAAGUGUCCGGACUGGAAGGGGGUGAAAGUGUCCGGACUGGAAGGGGGGUGAAAGUGUCCGGACUGGAAGGGGGUGAAAGUGUCCGGACUGGAAGGGGGUGAAAGUGUCCGGACUGGAAGGGGGUGAAAGUGUCCGGACUGGAAGGG